AUGACGGUUUGUCUGAGCUGUUCUUGGGACGAGGACGAGAGCUUGAACGAUUUGUCCAAGAUUGGCACCAGCAGGGCCAGUGCGGGCUCUGUGACCUCGGCAACAAACGUCACCGAGGAAAGCGACUUGAUACAGUUCGGAACCUUUUGCGGGUUGGCCAGCGUUUCUGUGAUCAAAUCGAAUGGUGUCGACGAAUCUGGACUCCAGCAAGUCUGCUGGGGCCUCUUGCACGAUCUUGUCGACGAGCUUCAAGGCUCCCACCUUAGAUUGCCAUUUGGCGCUGGACUUGAGGUAUUUCAGCAGCAUCGUGAGCAAAACAGAAGAGUAUGCCUCAACAGGAAGCAUGCCAAAAAGCGAGUCGAUAGACGUUUGAGCGGACCGUUUGACGGUGUUUUCCUUAUCGGCCAAGAGGUCAAAAGCGGCUCCAAACAGGUCAACAAAGUAGGCCUCGAACGGAGUCUUUCCUGCGAACUUUCUGGCCAGAGUCUGCAACAGAAUCAUGCUGGACUCUCUAAUCAAUGCUGGGUUCUUUUGUUUCGACAAGGUCAGCAGAACCUGCUGGAUGUCCCACUCGGAAAUGGAGCUGGCACCCGCGUCGGCAACCAUGUCGGCAAUCUUGUCGCAGUCGUCUCUGAUCUCAGACAGCUUGGAUGCUGUUUGCAGGUUAUUAAGGAUGUCAGAGAUGGGGGUGAUUUGCAGUUUUUGGAGCGCGGAAUUGAGCGACGACAGCGACGUCGUGGACUCCAUGGCUCUGGCCUUUGGGGUGUUGAAGCCCGAAGACACCUGCGACACGUCAGAGUCUGA